GCAAAUGUGCGUGUGUCGCGCGCGCGUGUGCCCGUGUACAGCAGCUGCAGCGGCGGUGUGCGGUUGUCGUGCGCAUUAUAUAGGUACUAGUACUUACUUCAAUAUUAUUAAAAAUUCGUAUUGUUUUGAUAUUAAUAAUAAUAAUAUUUUAUAAUAUUGCGUGUGCGGUUUCGCGUGUCUGUGCGACGAGUGCUGUGCCGACGUCAGUGUGUGUGUGUGUAUGAGUGUGUGCGCUCGCGAGUCGACUAUCCUCGAAAAGUCUGUUGUAUUUUUCCUACCAUCAUAACAUUUCCAAGUGUUUUUGGGUGAGCGCGUAUUUCGCUUUUUCUAUCACCGGCGAGGUAGAUUUUCCGGGUUCCAGUUUCCAUAUCCUCGUGGCCGUCUACAUAUAUACAUAACAAAGUAUACGAUCCACACGUCAUUUGAUCUACGUGGAAUGAAAUAAUAUAACUGGAAACACCACGCAGUGUUGCGCGCGGGUGAACUGAACCACCCGGUGUGACCGGUCGACGGUGGCGAUGACGGCGAUGGCGACGACGACGACGCCGUGAGUGACGGAUCAGUCAACAUCAGCAGCAGCAUCAGCAUCAGCGAGAUUGAGAUAUGUCGUCGUCGUCAGGAGAGCCGCAAAAAAGCCGACGGGUGUCCAGCAACCUGUGCCGGAGCGCGUCCGCGUCCCUCGGCCACUUGGACAGGCGCCGCGGCGACGGCAGCGGCACGAUGACGGCCGGAAGCUGUGACGAUGGCUGCGGCAACGCGUCAUCCGUCGGCGGCCGCGACGACGACGAUUACGGCCACGGGGGCCACAAUUGCGGCCACGAAGGCCACGUUUACGGCCACGACGGACACAGUUACGGCCACGGCGGACACGGUUACGGCCACGGCGGGUGCGACGGCGGGUCCACAUCCGGCGGAGGCAGCGGCGGUGGCCACGUUCUGCGCCGUCACCAGUCCGAGUUCGGGUCACUGAACUGCCUGCACAACAGGCCUCGCACGCUCAUGGAGUCUCUGCUCAUCGCCAAAAUGGAGAGGGCCUCGCUCAACGGCGGCGGUGGUCACCAGUACGGCUCGCACCCGUCGCUGGUGCGAACUGACUCAAUCGGCUCGACCAGUUCUCUGGACUCGAUGUCGUCGAUGAGCAGUGACUUGUGCCGGUGCGACGACUGUCUGCUGGGCAUCUCCGACCUGCUGUACAUCAACACGUCCGGGUACGAGGGACGCCGCAGAAAGCAUUCCGGAUGGCGAAAGUUGAGAAACAUUGUUCAAUGGACGCCGUUCUUUCAGACCUACAAGAAACAGAGGUAUCCGUGGGUACAGCUAGCCGGACACCAAGGCAAUUUCAAAGCCGGUCCGGAACCUGGAACGAUCCUCAAGAAACUUUGUCCCAAGGAACAGUUGUGCUUCCAAGUGCUUAUGAAGGAUGUGCUGAGACCGUACGUGCCCGAGUACAAGGGCCACUUGACCACCGACGACGGAGACUUAUAUCUUCAGCUAGAAGACUUGUUGGGUGACUUCACUUCACCGUGCGUCAUGGACUGCAAGAUCGGCGUCAGGACGUAUCUGGAAGAGGAACUGGCUAAAGCCAAAGAAAAACCCAAAUUGAGAAAAGACAUGUACGAGAAAAUGAUUCAAAUCGACCCGAACGCACCGUCGGAAGAGGAACACCGACUGAAGGGUGUGACAAAACCGAGGUACAUGGUUUGGAGGGAGACGAUUUCGUCGACUGCCACGUUGGGUUUCCGGAUCGAGGGGAUCAAGAAAAGCGACGGAAAAUCGAGCAAGGACUUCAAGACGACAAAGAACCGGGACCAGGUGAUCGAAGCGUUUCGAGAUUUUGUCGCAGGUUUACCGCACGUAAUCCCCAAGUACAUCAGCCGACUGAGAGCGAUCAGAGACAUGCUGGUGGAGUCCAAGUUUUUCACCACGCACGAGGUCAUCGGCAGCUCGCUGCUGUUCGUGCACGACAGCAAGAACGCCAACAUAUGGCUUAUCGACUUCGCGAAGACGCUCAUACUUCCGCCGGACAUCCGGAUCAACCACACGUCCGAGUGGGUGGUGGGCAACCACGAGGAUGGGUACCUGAUCGGCAUCAACAACCUGUUGGACAUAUUCACCGAGAUGAACUCGUUUCCCGUCACGCUCAUCGAAGUCACGGCCCCGUCCGAAGUCGCCUGAACGCCGUCGACCCGCGCC